AUGGAGAGCCUGGAGAAGAGGAGGCACAGGGGGGACCUUGCUGCUCUCCACAAGUACCUGAAAGGAGGUUGUAGCCAGGUGAGGGUCAGUCCCCUCUUCCAGUGCUGCUUCUCCAAACAAGAGACAAGAGCAGUUUUUGCAUUUGCUCUGCAGGAUCACAUAAUGCACAAUCAUCAACUGCAGGAUCUUUUAACAUAUUCUUCUAAGUCAAGGACAAGGAAUACCAAGAACUUUUACGUAUCCCAUGAAAAAGAAAUAGUCAGAAUAAUAGUAGAUAGUAGACUAAGAAAAAAAAGCACAAAAAAAUCAGGUGUAGCUGAGCACCUUUCCUUGUCAUUUCCUGCUGAAGAAUAUAAAAAGAGAUCCAAACAGCAUGGAAAAUUCAUACAGUGUUGUUCAAUAUUCAGGAAGGAAUUUGCUAUUCAACCCAGAGUGCUGCAUUCAUGUUCCCAUGUAGUCCAUCAGUGAUGCCUGAAAACCUUUGAAAAAUUUACAGGUAAAAAUUGUCCUAUGUAUAGAAAAGAGCAGUAUCAGACCAGAGUAAUACAUGAUGGGACAUUUUCCUGGAGGGGAUAUAUUGUUAGAAAAAAGUCUAAAGACUUAAGGGAAGCAGUGCCUCCUAAGGUUAGAAAAUUAAGAUUUAGAAAAUUAAGAAAAUACAUUUUGCUUUGGCUACAGCAGCAACCCUCCAAGAAGCCUGCCCUGGGCUUUGGGGACCCUGCCCUUGGCACCUGGCUGGAAGCACACAUUCCAAAAGCCACGGGAAGAUCUUCAUCCAGCAGUGUCCACAGAGAGGCCCCAGCAUUCCAUCUCAAGGAUGCUCACUUGCUCACAACACCAGGUCAGGUCUGGUCAAGUCUGAUACCACUAGAAAUGAAGACCAAGCAUAACUCAGGGCCAGAAGUGUUUUCAAACGGAUCAACCUUUACCUGA